ACCGGAAGUGCACGUGGGCAGAGGGAGUCAGAGGUGAAGCCGGGGGAAUCAUGGAGGCGCCGGCCGAGAUCCGCGUGGUCCGCUGCGGCGGGAGCAGUAUUACCUUCAGGAAAGCUGUCUUCACCUUAGACUCUAAGUUCCUGCUGUGUCCGUCAGGGGAUGCGAUCAAAGUGUUCAGCACCAGCACGGAGGAGUGUGUCCACGUUCUGCAGGGCCACGCCAACCUGAUCACGGGCAUCGUCCUUAAUCCCUCUAACCAUCUGCAGGUAUACUCCUGCUCACUCGAUGGCACUGUUAAACUAUGGGAUUUCACAGACGGCAUCCUCAUUAAGACGUACGUCGUCGGGCCCAGCAUCUUCUCCAUCCUCGUCUCUAAGAAGCACGAUGGCGUCGUUUUCCUCGUCAUGCCUAUGGCCAGCAACAAAAGCCGGGAGGCGUACCAGCUGGUGGCGCUACAUCUACCCAGAUCCCCCGCGCAGGAGGUGGAGGCCAAGGAGAUGACUGCAGUGACUUGUGACAUCAGCCCGCUCCCCAAGGCUACUUCCUUUGGGAGAGAGGGGGAAUAUAUCGCCUCUGCUAAAGGUGUCCAGCUCUCUGUGUACUUUUUCCGGAAGCAGAAGGAAUACAGGUUUUUCUUAAAUGCCACCGACAAGAAGGGGGCGAAGAACGAGUUCACCUGCGUGUCCUGCCACCCCAAGGACGACUGCAUCGCCACAGGCCAUGCUGACGGAAAGAUCCGGCUCUGGAGAAACUUCAACCAGAAGAAGGAGUACACAUAUUCCACAGAGCAGUGGCACCACAGCGCAGUGGCAGCCCUGACCUUCAGCCCGCAAGGAACGAAACUGCUGAGUGGAGGAAUCGAGUCGGUUCUGGUCCAGUGGCAUUAUGGGACGGUGACCAAGAAGGACUUCCUACCUCGGCUGGGCGGCGCUAUCGAGCACAUCUCCGUGUCACCAGAUGGGGCGCUGUAUUGCACCUCCCACAAAGACAACAAGGUCAUAGUGAUCCAGAGCAACCUGAAGGUCUCUGCUAUCAUCCAAGGGCUUGUCAAAGGCGACGCCGUCCGGACCGAGCUGCUGAUCGACCCGCGAACCAAAGCACUGGUACUGAAUGGGAAGCCAGGCCAUCUACAGUUCUACUCCCUGCACCGGGACAAGCAGCUGUAUAAUCUGGACAUCGUGCAGCAGGAGUACAUCCACGAGUCGGGCCUGCAGCAGUACGAGGUGGUGCGGGCCGCCUUGGACAGCAGCGGGGCCUGGCUGGCCACCGUGGAGGAGCGGGCGGAGGAAGACGGGGGUGUGGAUGUCAGCCUGAAGCUGUGGACAUACAGCGAGGCGGCACAGAGCUUCCAGCUGAACACCACCAUCUGUAUGCCUCACGAGGGCCACAUCUGCUCCAUGUGUUUCUGUGACGCCGAUGAGACCACCACGCUCGUGACCACCGGGCGGGAUGGCCACUUCAAGGCCUGGGUGCUGGUGGACGACACCGACGCCCAAGGCAUGACCUCACACUGGUCCUGCGAGUUCGUGGGAGGCUACCACCACCUCACACCCUCCGCCUGCUGCUUCUCGGCUGACGGAUCCCUGCUGGCUGUUGGCUUCCGGGAGGUCGUCACCGUGUGGCUCCCUGGCACCUGGGAACUACUCGUGACCUUCAGCCAGCCCCCCGGGGACAUCCGGGACCUUUGCUUCGGAAGACUCGGCUGUUCGAAGUUCCUGCUCGGAACCACCACUGAAGGUGUCCUCUGCUGCUGGAACCUCCUCACCUGCUCUGUGGAGUGGAGCACCGCUCUAGAUGUGACACUCCUACAGCCCGACCCGCUGUCUGAGAACAUGGCCGCCUUCUCUGCCACAGCAAGGAGCACAGACCUGUUUGUGUUCAAGCCCAGUGAGCCACGCCCCCAGUAUUCCCAGAAGUCCGUGUGCUUGGGGGAGGUGCGCCGCGCUGUCUUUGCCCCCCGCCAGGAGGCGCUGCAGAGCUCUGAGGAGAGUGCCCAGUGGCUGAACCGUUCAAGGCUGUACUUUCUCACAGAUAACAUGGAUCUGAUGACAUUCAGCAUCAAGUCAGAGGAGGACAGAAUCCUGGCAUCAAGUAAACAGCUCGUCGUCGACGAUAGCGUUGCCCUGACGCCCUUCUGCCUGUUGCUGGGGAAACACAGACAGGCACAGCGAAACAAGCAGGACCCCCUUUGCGAGCAGGUGGCAGCGAGGACCCAGCUGCCUCAGAGGUCGACGGCUGUCCUAGAGCUCCUGCACACUCCUGCCCACGUCCUGCCGCCUGCCUCCCAUCUCUGCACCAUGUUCGUGAACUCCCUUCUCAUUUCGAAACCCGGGGUCAGGGGGGCCCAGGAGUCCGAAGAAGAGGAUCUGGAGAGUGAGAAAGAGGAAGAGAUGGAGGAGUCAGAGGAAGAGAUGGAGUUGCGUGAUGCUGCAGGUCGCCCCGCGAUCCAGAAGCAGGCGGCGGACGGCACGGCAUCACUGUCCACGAGCCAAGAGCGGGAGCUGCAGCGGUUACGGAAAGCGGACUUUAGCUGGGUCAGCGCUGCGCUGCACUCCUGAAAGUCACGGGGGUGUCUCUGUCUGUGUCUGUGUGUCUGUGUUUUUUGUCGAUUAGCGCCAUGUAAUAAAAUAUAACCUUCA